AUGAUCGAUAUUCCUGCAGAGGAUUCGGAUUACGAGGAGGGAAAGCACCGGAUAAAUGCCAAAGGACUGAGGGUAUAUAUGCCUAGAACUGAUGCCAGUAAUCAAAGGCUAAUUCAGACUCUUGUUAGGCGUCGCGAUAGACAGCAGGAUGCUAUCGACGAUUUAGACCCCAAAUACCUUAGGAAGUAUCCUUUGGGUGUCGGGCAGCCAAGAGAGCUGCUGACGCACUCGCGGCUGCUGGUGCUGGAGGGUGGUGGUGGUGGUGGUGGUGGUGGUGGUGGUGGUGGUGGUGGUGGUCCAGGACCUCCACCGCCUCCGGGCGGACCUCCUCCUCCUCCGGGCGGCGGUGGUGGUGGAGGACCAGCUGGAGGCGGUGGUGGUGGUGGUGGUGGGCCAGCUGGAGGCGGUGGUGAUGGUGGUGGUGGGCCAGCUGGAGGGGGUGGUGAUGGUGGUGGUGGUGAUGGUGGUGAUAGUGGUGGGCAUCAUUAG